GUCCCAUCUGGGGUGAUAUGCUUUUUCUCGAGCGAUCCAUUCACCGUCAAACUAAAAAGUUCGCAGUUAUUUCAAAUGGUUUACAACAUUGAAGGGCAUAUACAAGCUGUUUUCAUUAGCAUUUUACCCCGUUUGUUAUUCAUGUUUCAAGAAUCGUAUCACUCGGGACUGCAGCUGCACAAAGAUUCGCCAGAUAUCUUCCAAAGGUCCUUCACCAAAAUGUACUUAACGUUAAAUAGAAACAACGAUGUAACGCGUUUACAAGAUUUACUUAAACUUGAAACGUUAUAGAUGUACUAUAACAGUGAAGGGUUAAUCCAACAUGGCGACCUCCACAGCAAGAUGUGUUUUCGCUCUACCUCGAAUGAUUCCGUACAUUACUUUACACAUAAAAUUGCCCCCUUUAUGUAGAGGACAAAUAAACCUCUACAGUCGAUGUCCAAGUAAUUUUUAUGGAAACAGAGCAUCCGACAACCUAAAGGAUGGACAUGUAAACAUUCCAGUUGACCGACUUACAGUAUCCUACAGCCGAAGCAGUGGUCCAGGCGGUCAGCAUGUAAACAAAGUCAACACCAAAGCAGAGGCCCGCUUCCACAUAUAUACAGCAGAUUGGAUCCCAGAAGACGUUAGACAAAACAUAAUCCUAAAAAAUAAAAAACGUAUCAACAAAGCGGGCGAGUUACUGGUAACGUCAGAACGCAGCAGGAGCCAGAUGAAAAACCUGAAUGACUGCAUCCAGAAAAUCUCUGACAUCAUAGCAGAGGCCAGUGUAAAGCCCCACGAGCCAUCAGCAGAGGACAUUGCCCUCAGGGCGUCUAGUGUGGUAUGUGUUUUCUUCAGGUUAGAGAAGAGGAAUAAGGAGAGACUGGAACAGAAAAAGCUCCACUCUGCGCUCAAACGGACCAGACAAGUGGAAUUUGACUGAAAACUUCACCUCACAUGGACAUGCUUUUUGUCCAUUCUCUACUUUAAAAAUGUCACACUUUAUAUUCAUAUUUAUUUUUUGGAGACCUUCUGAUCUUGUUGUGGCAGUAUCUUAGCAUGCCAGUAAAUUAAAAUAUAGGAUGUUUACAUGGA